CAGAGUCGGGAAAUUGUAACAUUGUAUCCAUCAUUAUUCAACAUCAAAGGACAGUGCACUAGAGGGGGAUGUCCGGAUGAAAGAAAUAGCGCUACGUACUGUACACGAAAGCAUAUCUCCAUUUGCAACAGGCGGCAGUCUAUGUCAAUUAGACAUAGCACGGUAUCCUUUACCUGGUCGGCGUGCAUAAGGAUUUCGGAAAUUCUGGAAAUCUAACGGAACUCUUUUCAGAGCCAUGGCCCCCUCUCUGACCACCCUGGGGAAGCUGCCUGUGGUGCGCUGUCGGCUGCUGCAGCGCUACGAGCACCAGCCCUUUGUCUCAUGCCUGGCCGGACUCUACGGCUGUCAAUGGAGACGCUACCAGAGGACCCACGCCACGCCGGGAGACUGCUGCUGCACCAAGUUGGAAUGUGCCAGCUUUGCACUCCUCAUCGUGACAUUCUGUCUCACACUGGUCUUCCUCUACUUCUGGAGUGAAGCUCAGAAUGACUACAAUGAUUUUGACUGGUUUAACUUUGGGAACCUGGGUUUCUGGUUCCCCUGGUCUGUGGUGUUACUGGUCAUCGCUGCCGCCUUCUUCAGCUACAUCACUCUGCUGCUGCUGUUGGCUGUAUGUCUGCUGUCAGAGGGACAGAAGCUGUACCUACACUGGGGCCACAAGAUUGGGGUCCUGGUGAGUCUAGCCUUCUCCAUUCUUGCCAUAGCAGUGCUGUCUGACCUAUGUAGCAAAGAGUGGACCACUCUUCUCCUCUCUUUCCAGGUGACGGCACCAUAUUUACACGUGGGAGGAGUCUUGCUGAUGACACUCCUUUCCUGGCCAAUAGCCUUGCAUUUCUACCACAUCAAUAGGAAAGUUGGGCAGGCGCUCAUCAUGGGGCUGUACCUGGCGGUGCUGUGUGCCCUCUACCUGGUGCCCCUGGGCAUGUACUCGCCCUGUCUUAAAGAGGAGGGCACUCUGGGCCUUGCACCAGCCCUCAUCGGGCACAGAGGGGCACCCAUGCUUGCGCCAGAGAACACUCUCAUGUCCUUUGAGAAGGCGGUGGAGGCUGGAGGGCAAGGUCUAGAGACUGACGUCACCAUCAGCUAUGACGGGGUGCCCUUCCUGAUGCACGAUCACACCCUGAGGAGGACCACCAACGUGCAGGAGGUGUUCCCCAACCGGACGGACGCCCCUGCGGCCAUGUUCACCUGGGGGGAGCUGGAGACCCUCAACGCCGGGGCCUGGUUCCUCCAUCGUGAUCCGUUCAGCACGGCUUGGUCUCUGAGUACCGAGGACCGGGCGCAGGCGCAGAACCAGUCUGUUUGCACCUUCAGGGACUUUCUGGAGCUGGCUUCGCAGAGAGGCAAACAGGUUAUCUUUGACCUCUACCGGCCCCCUAAGGGACACCCCUACAGGGACACCUGGAUCACACGCACCCUGGAGGUCAUCCAGAACGAGUCUUCCAUCCACUCACACCAAGUGUUGUGGCUGCCCUCAGACCUGCGGAGCCUGGUCCAGCAGCUGGACCCUGACCUCCAGCAUACCUCAGCAUCCCGGGCUCCAGUUGAAGAGCUCCAGCAGAAUCACAUUGUCCAACUCAACCUGCACUAUAGCUCCAUGUCCACAGAGAUGAUAAUUGAGUAUGCAGCAGCCAACAUCAGCACCAACCUGUAUGUGAUCAGCCAGUCGUGGCUCUACUCUCUGGCCUGGUGCACUGGGGCUCAGUCUGUCACAACCAAUGCUCUACAGUUCCUCAACAACCUCAGUAGACCCCUCUUCCUUAUGACUCCAGAUGAGUACAAUCUGAUGUGGGUCCUCACCGACGUGGUGUCCAUCACCAUCAUCAUCAUCAUCUUCAUCUUCCACUGGUGGCGAGAACAAACCCUGGCUUUCUGUUCGGGCAGGAAACUAGAACAUGGCACCUACAUCAAGUUCAGGACAGAUGUGUGGUCCGUCUCCAGUGUCAACAUCCUGGGAGAGCCCGCUGAGCCUAACUUGGCAACCGUCUCAGAGCACUGAUAACCAAUCAACCAACCUCUGUGAGGCUCAGUUGAAGCAAACCACUCCUCACUCUCCUUUUCAACUUGGCAACUUCCCGGACCCCAAACGGGCAAUUCACCAGAAUCGACACAACCUGGAAACCCAGGACCCUACUGGUAACCAAGAGCACAACCUGGCAACCCCCUGUAGAUUUGUGUGAGAGAAUGAGAACCAAAGAGAAUUAGAAAUAGUUAAAUGAUGUGAGUGAGGCCUAUCGGAGCUGAUGUGUCACGUGCAGAAGGGAUUUCAUUGGAUAGAUAUUAAUCCUUAAGACCGGGCUGCCCAACUCUCUUCCUGGAGGUUGGGUUUUAAGUUCAACCCUAAUUUAACACACCUGCGUCUACUAAUUAUCUGCUCAACAAGACCUUAACUAGCUGAAUCAGAUAUGCUAAAGUAGGGUUUGACUGAAAACAUAAAGGACAGUAGAUCUCCAGGAGGAGGGUUGGGCAGCCCUGCCUUAAUUCAUUUAAGUCAAAUGUGACUGAAGAACAGCCCAGACAACCUCAAGGACCAACCAACUCAUAGUUCAUACUACAGACACCAUCUGGUGGUGGGAAGAGAUUACUACACUGUUUAACCAGGUCCUUUGAGAUGGAUUACUUACUCACUGAAUUAAUAUAACAAGAAAAGUGACCAUCCGCUGUAGAUAUUCUCAACUUGUAUUACCCUCCAUUGUCCAUAGGUUCCUUUCCAUUUCAGCAGCCACUGCAGUGUUGAGUUACGUGAGCCACAAAUGCUUGACCAUUUUGUUAGUGUGUGAGUAGUGGUUGAUAAGAUGUGUGAAUAUGUCCAGACCGGGGUUCAAUUAGUAUGUUUUUAUUUGAUUUUAAAUACUUUAGCUGUGCUUCAUUGCCCUUUCCUGGCAUAAGGGAACCAAUGAAGUAGUCCCAAAAAGUGCACUUUGCCCAUCUGGGAUCUGGCACACCAAUCAAACUGUCUCAAGCUUUGUUUAUACCUGCAGCUUACAGGCAUCCUGUGUCCUGAUCUUGUCCACAUUCAGAUGGUGACCACAUUUUCAGUCUACACAUGCUAUUAAAAUGUAUCUUAUGUGUCCUCAUUGUGACCAGAUUUCCUGGUCAUUCCCAUUCCAAUUAUUUGACAGAUAUUCUUUCAGAAUUGUUUAUUUAUUCAUUUUUAUUCACAUAUUGAUGCCAUAAAGCAAUGGUCCCACCUGUGAAUGGUUUUAGAGGGUGGGGUAAUGAUGAUUUGUAAAUGAUUUCACUGACCAGAUCCGUCUACACUUGUAAGGCUGCGUUUAGACAGGAAGCCCAAAUCGGAUCUUUUUUCCACUAAUUGGUGUUUGACCAAUCAGAUCAGCUAUUUUGCCUAUAAUUGGGCAACAUUUCAGAAUUGGGCCGCCUAUCUAAAUGCAGCCUGCGUGCCCGUGUCUAGGCUGGACAGUUCAUGCAGGUUUAGUAUUCUGAUCAUGGAAUUCCAAACGCGUCAUGCGUCUACACCUAAAUUGAAAUGCGUCUACCAUGUCCGGAUUCCCUUUUCCCGCGCUAUAUUCAACUGCCAGUAUGCAUUCUACAAACGGUGGAAUAGGGAUAAUCUGAUAGCUACUGCCAUCAGACGUUGUUGUGUUAUAUCUACUGUAGCUAGCUAGCCAGCAAGCAACGCAAAAUGAAUUGCAAACGGAUUAGCAUAACUCCAGCCAAAAAAACAACGUUAUAUUGAAAAGGUUCCUCUCGGUCCCAAAACACAAGUUUUCUGGAGACUUGUGGGAGGAGUGCUGAUGACGUUACCCAUUGUAUGCACUUUCAGCUGCCUGAUUCGUCCAGACUGAGGUGAAAUCUGCCUCCUGAAGUGGUCAGCCAGAUCUGAACACAAUCAGACCACAAAGCGACAUUUGUGCGUCUAGAGACCAAUCUUUUCAAUGCGAUCUUCCUAUUCUGAUAGCAGAAGUCAUGUAAGUGUCACGUGUAGACACGACCUGACUACCUCCGGAGGUUGGCAGGAACAUCUGAUCACAAUGUAUUUUGAUUGUCUACACCUGUUUAAAAAUGUGGACACAAUCAGAAUAUGGAGAAGAUCAGAACAAAGGACGCAUGUUGGAACCAGGUAUAAGCAGCGCUGAAAUAUCACAAAGAAAAAUGAGUACUAUUAGAACUCCGGUUUGGAUAUGACAUGAUAAUCCUCUGUUUGUGUCUGGAGAUAAAUGAAUGUGUUUGAUUGGUUGUGUUCAAUGUUUAUAAGUACUUAUCACUUUAUUGAGCAUAAGGCAUUGUAACGAGGUGAAGUCCAUAGAACUUUGCAGCAUAUAAUCACUGCAAUGACAUAGGUGACCUACAGAGAACAAUUACACUGUAUUUCCAUGGUCCAUAUCUAUAUAUUUUAUAUGGUCCAUAUCUAUAUAUUUUAUAUGGUCCAUAUCUAUAUAUUUUAUAUGGUUCAUAUUGAGGUCAUUGUUUUUAACAAAUUUGUUUUCAACACAAAUUAAAAUCCUUCUGGCAAGGAUUAAAAAAAAGCUAAUGUUGUACAAUAUUUAGUCCUUUUAGCCAAAUUAUAGCAGAACUCUUACAUCUCUCUUCAAUUGAUUGUGCCUCAGCUUUACUGUGCAGUGUUGUCUAAUCAAUGUGAAGAAUACCAACUUCAGCUCUGGUAGCUGAAAGACAGUUUUUCUAGUAAUGAUUAUGAAACCUGUUAGAUUUCUUUAUGACUGACAACAUAUUGAUGAGUAACCUAGCGCCACUGCAGCUUCGUGAUAAGCGGCAGCCUUUAAAUCACUAUACAAAGCCUUAGGAAUACCUAGGAAAAAAAGUAUGUUUAGCCAAAGAAUCACAGUAUAAGAUACCAGUCUGAUUUGUCAUCUGCGUACGACACCUGUAAUGUUAUCUUGGUUGUAAGAUCGUUAUAGAAAGAAUGAUCUGUUGUUUACAGUUCUGUCAUUCUGUUCCAAUCAGAAGAGUAUUAUAUUAAAAUGAUAGUCUAAAAGUAGAGCUCAGUUGGUGGUGAUAGCCAUUGUAUUUUGUAUGAGCCCAUUUCGCUAUGACAUCAUUGUAAACUAUGGGAUUUCUUUUGCAUAAACAUUAUCAGAAGUUAACUGAA